AGGAAACCAAGGACGCCACGCUCAAAGCGAAAAAGCAAAGUCCAUGUGAUAUCCUUUCAGCAGCCUGCUUUGGACCUAUUUAUGGUCGGUGCAAUCUCAAAGUGGGAGUGCACAGUGUCCAAUCGGAGAAACAGUUGAAUCAUAAUUUGUAGUCUCAAAAGAACAAGUCAUCAACGUGACAGCAGUGCAAAAACCAACUUUCAACAUGGAGAGGAAGUAUCUGGUUCCCCUCGCAGUAUUCCUUCUUUCACAAACUUCGUGGCCGGUGUCAUUUACGUUGUCCAAAUACAAACUAAUGGGAAGUCAACUCUCUGUUUUUGUAGCUGGUGUAAUUUGCUUAACCCUUGCCACUGUUGGUCCUUACGUGCUCUUCUCAAGACACUUCAAGCGAAUAGAUCCGUUGCUCAUGGUGUGGAGUCUGUUUUCAUGGACCUGUAUGAUUGACCUUGGAAUUGGGCUAGAACUGGAUGGAUAUAUCUCCAACUUCAUCGGCUUUUAUUUUGCUGAGGGGGAACCAUAUCUCAUGACUGCACAUGGUACUGCAAUCAACUACUGGGAUGGAACCUUUCAGUUUGGCCUGUGCAUAGCAAUCAUAGCUUUUUACACUUACAAGAAAAGUCACAGAGAACUUGCCUUGGUGUGGGUUGGAUCGAUUCUCAACAGCAUGGUUGUACUUUUACCCGGUGGUGUUGCAGGCAAACACCCUUUCAAGCUUUCGAUUCUACUGAAUACACCUUACCUUCUCUGCCCGGUUUAUGCUGCUUUUAAACUUCUGCAUGAACACCCACCCCAAGCCCGUACAUUUUUAAAGUUUAAACCUCUGUGGAAAAGACCUGUUGAUCUGCUCUUUGCUGUCUACUUUGUUGCUGCUUCAUGUGUUGCCAUUUUCAGUGGUCUGGCUGUGCUUGGUGGCAAUGCCAGUGCAAUGAAGACAUAUCUUAACUUAUAUGAUCCUUACUUAAAGGACCCUUCAAACUUUCCUAAGUUCCAGACCUUGGCAUAUAGCUACAUGUUCCUGGCAUAUUAUCUCUAUGCGAUCUAUGGCUUGGUGUAUCCUGGUACACACAGAAUGACUGACUGGUCCCUGAUCCAUGCUGGGGCUGCAGCACAGGCUCAGGUGACCUACAUAUGGGGCUCCUGCCAUCACCGCACCCAAAAAGAUCUCCAGUCUCCUGUGUCUGGGCCAGAGGCUCUGUUGUUCUGGAGCAUCCACCUGACUUUGCUGGUUGUACCUCAACUAUUUGCUCUGUGGUGUCAAAAGGAUUUCGAGAAGUUUGGGCGCUCGUACACUGUAGCACGUUGUGAAUUGAUUGAGGAGAGACUGUCAACACCUGUAAAAGCAAAACAGCGGAAAUCAGACUAACUUUUUACUUGUUGCAUUAUAAACUGCUUUUUGAUUGGUCACUGGAAAUGCAUCUUUGAAAGAAGGUUUCUGACUGGUGUUUGGGUGACUGCAUGUAAUGUUUAGUUAGACCUAGGCCUGAUGCGCAACACGCGUGAAUGCUGUAAAACACUAGACAGGCCCCUAUAGGAUUUAAGAUUAGCCAAGUUAGCCUAAUCAGCUGCGCUCGCAGAACUUAUAUUUUUAUAAUGUACUUGUUCAAUGAAUCACAAGAGAAAUGCUUCUCUGAAUGUAGAGAUCUAUGAUUCUGAUGUCGUCCAUGACUUUAUGGUCGGGGUGGUCGCUUGGAAGGCCAUGUGACUGGACCGCCGUCUCUAUGACUAUGACUAUCCCCAACAGUUUCCCCUUAGGCUAUCUGUUCCCGACUUUUUAUAGUGCAUAUUCUUUACAUUUAGUCUGUCUUUCUCCCCCCUCCAAACGCCUUUGUAUUCCUAAGCGCAGUACCGCAGUCGGGGAAUCCUUCACAAAACAGUCAUGUGUUGUCGCAUUAUCAGCCCAAAGUGACCCCCACCCCAAUGGGAGGUCACUAGAAUAUCAAAGCAAUGAAAUGACUGUGUCCCUUCCU